AUGAAACUUGCUAGUAGUUUUAAAAUUUCUUUAGCUAAUCUUAGAAAUCAAUCUUCAUCCAGAACAAUUACAAAUGAGACAUUGUCUAAAAGAUUGAAUUUAUAUAAAACUAUUAAAAAUACUUUAGAGGCUGAGAAAAAGAAAGAUAUUACAAAAAUUUUAGUUAAUGUAACAUUACCUGAUGCUGAGCCUGUAAAAGUCUUAAUGAAUAAAGAUUUAUCUACACCUUAUGAUUGUGCUAAACAUGUAAAUAGGCAGUUUGCUAUAAAUAGUGCUUUAUGUUUAUUGUCAACAUCAUCUGAUAAUUCUAAUGUUGUGUCUAUGCAUACACCGUUAACUGAAGAUAAAUGUACAUUAACAUUUCUACCUUUUAGUUCACAACAAUAUGCUACAGAAAUAAAUCAUGCAUUUUGGCGAUCUGCAACUCUUAUCCUAUCAGCCGUUAUUGAGAAAUCUUUUAAAACUCAGGUUACCUUACAUCCUUUUCUUCAUAGGUCUCUUUCUGAAGGUUAUUUUGAAUCUGUAGCCAAAAUUCAUGCUCUUUAUGAUUGGGUACCAACAAAUGAUGAAUUAAACCUGUUGACAAAAGCAGCAUAUAAUGAUAUUAUAUUAAAAGAAUACAAUUUUGAAAAUAUAUAUGUAAAAUCAGAUAUGGCACGAGAGUUAUUUAGUGAUAACAUUGAACGUCUUGGUAUAAUAGAUCAACUUGAAAAAGAAUUAGAGAAUGUUAAUAAUAUAGGUAUUGUAAGAGUAGGAGACUACAUAGAUUUAUCACCGGGACUUACAAUUAGCAAUACUUCACAAAUUGGACGUUUUCAAAUAACAAAUGUUGUUUGUGGAAAAAUUUCAAAUCACUAUAGUUUUAGAGGUUUAGCUCUUCCUAAAGACCAAACAUGCAGUGCAUAUUCAUGGGAUUUAUUAGUUGAAAGAUCAAAACGUCUUGUUGCACCAGAAUAG